AUGAUCUACUGGCAGUACUAUUCUGGGAAUCGUUUAAGAAGCACUUUAAACCUUUAUCAUUUAGACAAACUCGAUUGUAUAGGAACGGAGGAACACAUAAACGAAUGUUUAUACGAUGUUCGUCAAACGUGUUCGAGUAUCUAUCCAAUCUACGUUGAGUGCAAAUAUCCUUAUAAUAUAACAGAUGUUAGGCUUGUCGGGGGAACAGGUCCAUACGACGGUCGUGUUGAAGUCAAUAUCAACGAUGGCUGGGGAACUGUUUGCAGUACAUACAUCGGACCUUAUGAUGACGACACAUUAUGUCAAUCAAUGGAUUUAAAAUUGACGCACUACUUUCCGCGUAUUUCUGUUUACGAACAAGGAACAGGAUCUAUAUACAUCGGUCGUAUUGGAUGCUCUGCUACAAACACUCAUAUAAGUCAGUGUAGUUUUCUGCCCCCAUUUCGAUACUAUUGCUCUCACAGUUAUGAUAUUUCGUUAGUAUGUACACCUUGUGGUAAACCGACAAUACACUCUGGAUCUUUUGAUUCUUUUAAUGGUACUGUACUGACUGCAAAGUGCGACGAUGGCUAUCAACCAGAAAAAAUAACAUUUGAUUGUCUUGAAAAUGGGACUUGGCUGCAAAAUGAUGAAUGUUCAUCAAAAUAUUGUACGUUACUUAUAUUUGUAUAUUUUACAUACAUUGUAUUAUUAAAUGCAUGCUGA